UCUAUCAUAUAAGUUUUAAUGGCGAUUUAAGAGACCCGUAGUUCUCUGAUCAUCCUCCGGUUACAGCAAAACACAAAUCAACGAUAAUCUCUCACUCUCUUUACUGAUUCUUCUUUAUUUGGAUAAGAUCUCUAUCUCUCCCUCGUUUUCAGCAGACUCAAUCCAAACCCUAACCUCUUUGAUUCCGUUCAGAAGAAUAUUAUUUAUUCCCUUCAAGAAACCAAUUAUAAAUAUUUUGACAAAACACUUUUUUCACCAUCCCUCUUUAUUUAUUCUUACUCCACGCCAUAAAUGUCAAAUUGAUCGAUUUGUCCUUUGCCCUUAAUUACUGUCAACACCACCAUCACUUUUAUACUACAAUCCCUUCUCGUAUUCUCUUAAGAAUACGUACUUACAUACAUUACAAAUACACACCAAGCCCUUAUAAAAAGCAAGAGAAAAGAGAGAGAAGUGAUUCUUGGUUUAGCUUUCUUGAUGGAUUCAUGUUGGAGGAGAGAGAUGGAAGGUAAACUAGCACAUGACUACUUGAGUCACCACGGUAAGACGACAUCACCGCACCACCGCAUCUCCGUCGUCACCGGACCGGUGAUCGUAGGCGCCGGACCGUCGGGACUAGCGACGGCGGCUUGUCUAAAAGAGAAAGGAAUAACUUCAGUACUACUCGAGAGAUCAAACUGCAUAGCUUCACUUUGGCAGCUCAAGACAUACGACCGACUCCAUCUCCACCUUCCUAAGCAGUUCUGUGAACUUCCGCUUAUACCCUUUCCCGACCACUUCCCAACUUAUCCGACAAAACAGCAGUUCAUCGAGUACCUCGAGGACUACGCCAAGAGGUUCGAUAUAAGGCCGGAGUUUGGUCAGACGGUUGAGUCGGCUGAGUUUGAUGAGAAUCUUGGGAUGUGGCGCGUGAAGAGCGUGGGUGAAGAGGGCCCGACAGAGUAUGUUUGCCGGUGGUUGGUAGCUGCGACGGGGGAGAAUGCUGAGCCGGUGGUCCCUAGGUUUGAGGGGAUGGAGAAGUUUGAGGCCACCGGGGUAGUUAAGCACACUAGUCACUACAAGAGCGGCAGAGACUUCGCCGGGAAAAGGGUUUUGGUCGUCGGAUGUGGAAACUCCGGCAUGGAGGUUUGUUUGGAUCUCUGUAACUUCGAUGCUCAGCCUUCUCUCGUUGUCAGAGACGCUGUGCACGUCCUACCACGAGAGAUGUUGGGUACUUCGACUUUUGGGCUGUCCAUGUUGUUACUCAAAUGGUUCCCCAUCCGGCUCGUUGACCGUUUCCUCUUGGCGGUUUCCCGGUUUAUCCUCGGAGAUACCACCCUGUUAGGUCUUAACCGUCCCCGGUUAGGCCCAUUAGAACUCAAAAAUCGCACCGGAAAAACUCCGGUUCUCGACGUUGGGACACUUGCCAAGAUCAAAACCGGAGAUAUCAAGGUGUGUUCCGGGAUAAGAAGGUUAAAACAACAUGAAGUUGAGUUCGAUAACGGAAUAACGGAGAGAUUUGAUGCCAUAAUAUUGGCAACUGGCUAUAAAAGCAACGUACCCUCUUGGCUAAAGGAGAAUAAAAUGUUUAGUAAGAAAGAUGGAUUCCCAAUACAAGAGUUUCCAGAGGGAUGGAGAGGUGAAAGUGGGCUAUAUGCGGUCGGAUUCACAAAACGUGGAAUUUUUGGAGCAUCAAUGGAUGCAAAGAAAAUAGCUCAAGACAUAUUCGAGUGUUCAAGAAAAUCAUAUCAAGCCCAUAGACAUAUACAAGUGUUAUGCAUGUCAAGAAAAUCUGGUCAACCCUAUAGUAGAUUACUAGAAUGAAACAUUUCUUCAGAAACAACAUUACUUGAAGACGCAGGUAGCGAUCAAAUAAUAAAACUGAUGGUUUUGGGGUUCAAGGGGAGAACUAUUGAGGAGUGAUGUAAAUUAAGACUUAUCUCCAGCUGCAAUGCAAAUUGGAGAAUAGAAAGAAAAGGAAACUCAGUGAGAAUGAUUGAGAUUGUGGUGGGCAUUGAUGAUCAUCUGCUCAAAGGAGAGGAGGGGACCCUCUCUCUUUGCAUGCUUAUAACCCACUUUGUUAAUCUUCUUUCUACACCUUCUCUCUAUGUUUCAUUUUUUUUUUUUUUUAGUUUUGCUUAGUUAGGUAUGCUCUCUAUUUUUCUUGCCUUUUCGGUUCAUUUUUUGCCAGAAUUUGUAGUGAGUUUUUUUUGGUUACAUACAUAAUAUUUUUUUUUGUAGCAUACAUAGUAUUUGUUUAACCAAAACUCUUACUUUUUUAAACGGACGUGAGCAAUUGAAUUGUUAACAAAGAAUAAUAAUAAAACUAAGAAAAUUG